AUGGCCUCUCUUGGAUUCUCACUCUACCCACCGCUCAAAUUAGGGUUUCCUUCCAAACCUCAAAUCCUUCCCAUCUCCACUCUCAACUUCUCUUCCACCUUCAGAUGCAUUGGGUCUAGAAGAUUGCAAAUAAAUCAAAAGAAAUUGACUGUAUCUGCUACAAACUCCAACUCUAGAGGUGGAAAAGCAUCUAAUGAAGGGUCAGAUGUAAAGGAAACUAGCAAUGCUUCAAAGGGACCUCCUCUUCUUACUAUUUUGUUUGGUUUGUUGGUAUUUUUCAUUGCUGUUCGGUGCAUUGGGUUCAUUGUAAUGUGGUUGGAUCCUGGUUCACCAUGUGUUAGUGUCACUGCAGUGACACUUUAG